UGGUAUCUCAUAAUUUACAUCUGCAGCGUCAAAUAUGGUUCAACGUGUUAUUACUAGUUGUAGUAGUAUUGUUGUUGCUAUAAAUGUGCAUUAUGAUGGUGCUGUGAACAUGUGAAAGCCUGAAACUGAUACAUAUUCUCCCGUUUUUAUACCGUUGUUUUCUUGGGUAAAAAACUUGGGAUCAAUUUCCUAUGACUUUGGUGUUCUGAAGUCACAGGAACCCAACUUUGAUGUGAUCAAAAUUAAAAACCUUGUGUAAGCUCUAAGUCUCAAGCACAUACAUUUCCUAUCAACAUGUACUACUACUUCGAAGUAGUUUUAUCAUAAUUCAUAAAAUAGAUUCUCCAAAUGUAACUAGGUGAAAUUGAGUUUGAAGUUUGAACUCCCCCAAUGGGUUUUUCUGAGAUUUUCUCCCCAGAGUCCCCACCCCAAAAGAAAAGUUGGUCAAACGGUGGAUCCACAGUCUCACAUACCGUUAUUAAAUUAUUUGGAGCCAUGGAAGGGGACAGUUGGUUCUUGACUGGCUUUGUUGGUUAGUUUUAUCCUAAUUCUCUUCUUCUUUUUUUUUUAUACUUUAUUGGUUAUGUCUUUUGGCAGCAGUGACUAUGACACUGUGACUCUGUCACUGUGUGACUGUGUGUGUUAGUUAAUGACCACAGCUCCUCAACUUUGUUUUUGAAGAUUUAUAAAGCUGUCAUUUUGUCAGUCUCCUCAUAGUGUGGUAACUUUACCUCUGUUUUACUCAUUCUAGCAUUAACUAGUAUUGAGUACCCAAGAGACUAAUAUCUUGGGGGAAAAAAAGAGCAUUUCUCAUCGCUAUCAUUAUUGAUAACUACCCUCCUGAGUCCUGUCCUCCCUCCAUACCAUGCUGCUUGCUAUUCACUUAAAUCUAGUUCCUUGCUCAUUCAGUCAUUAGCCUUUUCUCUCUCUUAUGUGGUUUUGAAUUCUUUACCCUCAGGGUUUUCCAAAUCAAGGUACCCUUUAUGUCUCAGUUAGUACAAGCUUUUGUUGGAAAUGAAUCCUACAAAAUGCAGUUGAAGCAUUCAUAAAGUCAACUGGGGCUGCUUUGAUCGGAGCUCUAUAAGGCUUCUGCUUAGAAGCAUCAGGAAUUUGCAGCUACAUUUCACCAAUGGGAAUUUUGAGUAAGCUGUGUUUAAUCUGUUUCUUCUGCAGCCUUUAUGGUCUUAGAUCAGUGGUUUCUCUUUUCAUUCCUGAAGACAGAUUAUUCAUCAGCUGCGGGGUGAAUAAUGAGAUUGAGCUUGAAGAUGGCAGAUUGUUUGAGCCUGAUCUUGGAAACUCUAACGUUGACUUCUCGGCUAAAUCUAACUCCAUUGUUUCCAAUCCUGAAUUGUCAAUCCCCAUUGUUUACCGUUCAGCUCGUGUGUUUACUGGUACUGCCAAGUUUACCAUUAAUAUUAACCAAGUUGGACGGCAUUGGCUGAGGUUGCAUUUUUAUCCAGUUGAGAAUGACAAAUACGACUUGAAAUCUGCUUUGUUUUCAGUUGUAGCAAAUGGGAUCACAUUACUUCACGGUUUUUCGUUUUCGAAGCUCGAAAACAGCUCCCCUUUGCUUAAGGAAUAUGUGAUUGAAAUAGGGGGAUCAAGUUCAGAAAAAUUGGUACUGACAUUUUCUCCGUGGAGUACUAGCUCCGUUGCAUUCAUCAAUGGCAUAGAAGUGGUGUCUGUACCGGAUGGCCAGUUCGAUUUCAGCGUCAUCCCAAUCCCAUCAAGGCCUGAGUUUGUGAUUCCUACACAUGUUGCCCUUGAAACUGUGUACAGAAUUAAUGUUGGGGGAUCUCUCUUGACACCAAAAAAUGAUUCCUUGGGGAGAAUUUGGAUACCAGAUUGGCCAUUUCUGCUAAAUGCAGCUAGUGCUCGUAAUGUUUCCGAAGAUCCCAGAUGGAUCAAAUAUCCUGCUGGCGCUUCUGUUGAAAUUGCACCUAAUUGGGUAUACGCCACUGCUCAGGAAAUGGCUGAUGCCAAUGUCACAGAGCAGAAGUUCAAUAUGACAUGGUCAUUUGGAGUUGAAAGAGGAUUCAAUUACUUUGUUAGGCUGCACUUUUGUGAUAUUGUUAGCAAGGCGUUGAACACUUUGAUUUUUAAUGUCUACAUCAACAAUCAUUCUGCUAUUGAUACCUUUGAUAUUUCCAGCAAGACAAUGGAAUUGUCAGCUGCUUAUUUUGUAGAUUUUGUUCUCAACGGUUCCACAGUCUCCGAUCAAAUCCUCGUUCAAGUUGGCUCGGCGAAUCAAAGAAAUUUCCCUUCCAAUGCAAUUCUAAAUGGCCUGGAGAUAAUGAAGAUGAGCAGUUCUACUGAUAGCCUUGAUGAAAGGUUCACUGCAAUGCCUCUUUCUUCCAAGGUGGUGCCUAAGAGGAAAAGGCAUGUGUUGCUAAUAACUUUAGUUUCUGUUGGCGCUUUCGUGGUCCUACUGCUGAUUAUCGCAGCCAUUUUCUUUGCCUUUUCUUCUCAGAAAAAGAAGCCAAAACAGUAUAGGGCAUGGUUAUCUUUCCAGCUGGGAAUUUCGGAUACCAAAAUUUCAGCUAAUAGUUUUGCUUCGACUGCGGCUUCUCUUGGCUUGGGACGGGUGCUGGCCUUCUCUGAGAUUCGUGAUUCGACAAAGGACUUUGAUGAGAGCUUGGUGAUCGGUGUAGGCGGAUUUGGAAAAGUCUAUAAAGGAGUUCUUGACAAUGGCGACGAGGUUGCUGUAAAAAGGGGAAAUCCGAAAUCUCAGCAGGGCCUUCUUGAGUUCAGGACAGAGAUUGAGAUGCUUUCUAAGCUUCGUCACAGACACCUGGUCUCCCUGAUUGGUUAUUGUGAAGAGCUCAACGAAAUGAUCCUUGUUUACGAGUUUAUGGCCGGAGGACCCCUUAGGAAACACUUGUAUGGAUCUGGUCUUCCUCCCUUGUCCUGGAAAAGAAGACUAGAGAUAUGCAUUGGAGCAGCGAAAGGGCUGCAUUAUCUUCACACUGGAGCUGCGGAAAUCAUCAUACAUCGUGAUGUCAAAACAACGAAUAUUUUGCUGGAUGAGAACUUCACAGCAAAAGUAGCAGAUUUUGGGUUGUCAAAACUCGGUCCUACACUGGAUCAAACUCAUGUAAGUACUGCAGUGAAGGGCAGCUUUGGGUACCUUGAUCCCGAGUAUUACAGAAGGCAGCAAUUGACUGAGAAAUCAGAUGUUUAUUCUUUUGGAGUCGUACUCUUGGAGGUUUUAUGCGCUCGGCCAGCCAUAAAUCCGUCGCUUCCUAGAGAACAAGUAAACAUUGCUGAAUGGGCAAUGCAUUGGCAAAAGAAGGGACAGCUGCACAGGAUAAUUGAUCCACAUCUUGUGAGUUCUAUAAGCAUGGAUUCCCUGAGAAAAUUCGGCGAAACAGCAGAGAAGUGCUUAGCUGAGUAUGGGAGUGAUAGGCCAACAAUGGGAGAUGUUUUGUGGAAUUUGGAGUAUGCUCUGCAGCUGCAAGAGGCUUCCACUCAAUCAAUAAUAGAAGACAAUAGCGCAAACCAUAUACCGGAAAUCCCUGGCUGGAUCGCUCGUGUUGAGUCAGUCGACAGCGAUGACAUUGACGUGGUGAGCACACAAGAGUAUGAUGCAACAAAUUCUACAGGAGUAUUCUCUCAGUUGAUGAAUCCCAGGGGUAGAUAAUAACUAAUGUCAAAUGCUUCUUUGUUAAUGCAUUGAUGAUACCUUGGUUUCUUUUUUCAAUGUUCAUUCAAUAGGAAGGAAGAUUAUGACAUUUGGGGCUUACUUUACAUAGGAAUAGUAGAUUAGGGAGUGCUUAAUUUCAACUUCAUUAGCUUUUGUGUUUGGUUAGUUCAAAUUGUUUCCACCAAUGUAUCAUUUCCCCAUAGAUCAAACAAAAUGAUUAUCGAACUUUCAGAUAAGCGAUCAGCAGAAACGGGUUCCAAAUGAUACCAUUUUGUUGGGAAGAAUUGGCUUAGAAGUCCUGCAUAUUACUCAUUCUUUGACCUUAAUUUCCAAUGGUCCAAGAACCAUCCCAUUUUAUUUAAGCAGGGAGACAAAUGAUACUAGCUUGACAGAGUCGCACCACAAAGCGACACUAAAGGCUUCAUGGAUUCAUGGAUGAAGAGAUCAACCUAAUGGAUGUUUCCUUUAUUUAUUUGAUUCUUUCUUUCUUUCUUACCAUUUUGUUUGGGGGAUCCAAAUUUAAGGGAGACAAUCAGACUAAAUCAUAACCACACACGUAGUAACGUAGUAGGCUCAGUCAAAUAUUUUAACCCCAUCAAAGCGUUUACAAAACCCAGC